CAGACACACUCCCAUUACCACUAUGAAUCCAGUCACCUCCAAGUUAUAUAAUGAAGUCAGUCAUUAAUAAAUACAACUUUAUUCAAGAUAUACACAAUGUGAGUACAGUAUAAACUAAAACUGUCAAACUGGUAUUUUUUGGGUCACUUGGGAGCAGUGCAACAAGCUGACAUAUGGCCUUAUAGAGUGGCUCAUGUGUUAGCAGAGGGUUGUCUAUUUACACAUCCAGUGUUUCUUUCUGCCUGAGAAAUAUGUUUUUGGUCUCCACCAACCCCUGAGGGAAAUAUCUGACCCCUCUGGUUGCCAAAUCCUCCACUACAUACCUUGGCAAGUUGCUAACGUUGUCUACAGCGGCUUUACCAGAACAUUGCCACUGAAAACAGCUGCCUGUGUUUGGGUAAGAGUUUGGUGAGGGUGGCCAGUGUGAAAGAAAACUGUAAAGUUGCAGCCAUUAAACCAAAAGUAUGAGCUGAAAGGAGCUAAAACGCUCUAUAUAACUACAGGAACUGCAGAGUCAGAUAUUAAUUAUCUGUGGGUCCAUCACGUCAAGCAUUACACAUGACCUUUUGAUCCAUUGUUAAUAUAAAAAUACCGACUAGUGCAGCCUUAAAGUCUUAGGGACCACAGAAAUGGGCCCCCCUAAAAGAUAUUGCUCUAGUUCCCUCCCUCCCUCCUCCCCUCCAGCUGUGGCUCCCUGAUAUCAUCCCACCUCCCACCCCUCCACUACCACUACAAAGGCCACCUUAACAAGAGCGGAUAUUUGCUUCUACUCUCCAUGUAACAGGCUGACUUUUAACAUCCAAGCCGAGGCCAUGUGAAUUUCCUGUUUUGAUGAAGCACCAAACUGCGUGUUCAUCACAAUCCCAGCACAGUGACUCAGUACAGCUUGAAAUCAGCCGACUUUGAGGCUGCCUGGGAGACGGUGUGAUCUGGUCUCCUCCACAAGGGCAGCGCAGUCUCACUCCGGAGCGGCUUCGUCGACCUUUUUUCUCAUCGCGCAGUGUACCUUUAAAAGGUUGAACUCGCCGGUCUACGAACACUGGAUUGUUUUCCCACUCGACUCAGCUGUGCGUAGCUUCCAGCAGUGACAUGGCAUAGAGGCGGUGUGCUGUGAGCAGCAGCAGCAGCGGCAUCCUGCACCAUGGACGCUCUCCGACGGCCGAAGCGGAGCGCAGUGUUCGCGGCGCUGGACACGAUGCUGCCCGUGUGGAUAUUACUGAACGCGGUGUCGGGACUGAAGGCGGAGGACGACGGUAUGGAAGAACUUGCCACCGAGAAGGAGGCUGAGGAAAGUCACCGACAGGACAGCGUUAAUUUGCUGACAUUCAUUUUACUGCUGACCUUAACGAUUCUCACCAUAUGGCUCUUCAAGCACAGACGGGUCCGCUUCCUUCACGAAACCGGACUGGCAAUGAUUUACGGCCUGCUGGUUGGUGUGAUUCUGCGGUACGGCAUCCCUGCCACCAGCUACCACAACAAGACACCCCCAAGCUGCUCGCUGAAGGAAGGACCUGUCAGCACCCUGCUGCUUAAUGUCAGUGGCAAGUUCUUUGAGUACACCCUCAAAGGGGAGAUCAACUCCAGAGAGAUUCACAAUGUGGAGCAGAACGAUAUGCUGCGCAAGGUGACAUUUGACCCUGAAGUAUUCUUCAACAUAUUGCUGCCUCCAAUUAUUUUCCAUGCUGGGUACAGUCUAAAGAAGAGACACUUCUUCAGGAACCUGGGCUCCAUCAUAACCUAUGCGUUCCUUGGCACUGCCAUCUCAUGCUUUGUCAUUGGAAAUCUAAUGUACGGUGUCGUCAAACUGAUGCAAGUGGUCGGACAGCUGACGGACAAGUUCUACUACACUGACUGCCUUUUCUUUGGUGCCAUCAUCUCUGCCACAGACCCAGUGACAGUGCUGGCCAUCUUUAAUGAGCUCCAUGCAGACGGGGAUCUCUAUGCUCUGCUGUUCGGGGAAAGUGUUAUGAAUGACGCAGUGGCCAUUGUGCUUUCAUCGUCUAUUGUGGCCUACCAGCCCAGUGGAGCGAACACACACAUGUUUGAUGCCUCUGCCUUUUUCAAGUCAGUGGGAGUUUUCCUGGGUAUUUUCAGCGGUUCCUUUUUGAUGGGUGCAGCCACAGGAGUUGUCACCGCUCUCAUAUCCAAGUUCACCAAGCUGCACUGUUUCCCGCUGCUGGAGACGGCCCUCUUCUUCCUCAUGUCCUGGAGCACCUUCCUGCUUGCCGAAGCCUGCGGGUUCACAGGCGUCGUGGCCGUGCUGUUCUGUGGCAUCACGCAGGCUCACUACACCUACAACAACCUCUCUGAGGAGUCCACAAAACGCACCAAGCAGCUCUUUGAGGUCCUUCACUUCCUGGCUGAGAAUUUCAUCUUCUCCUACAUGGGUUUGGCUCUGUUCACCUUCCAGAAUCACAUUUUCAGCCCUAUUUUCAUCAUCGGGGCUUUUAUUGCCAUAUUCAUUGGAAGAGCAUUCAACAUUUACCCGCUGUCCUUCCUUCUCAACCUCGGCAGAAGGCACAAGAUCAAGGGAAACUUCCAGCAUAUGAUGAUGUUUGCAGGUCUGCGUGGGGCAAUGGCGUUCGCCUUGGCCAUCCGGGACACAGCCACCUACGCCCGCCAGAUGAUGUUCACCACCACGCUGCUCAUUGUCUUCUUCACUGUCUGGGUGUUUGGGGGUGGGACGACACCCAUGCUGUCCUGGCUACACAUCAGCUUUGGGGACAGCAAAGCAUUGCAGGAAGAGCGACGUCAACAUGGACAGUGGGAGUAUUUCAGGGUUGGUGUGGAUCCAGAUCAAGACCUGCAGCCCUGUGGAGACAGCUUCCAGGUCUUACAGGGGGAUGGCCCUCAGGCUGAAGGACAAAGUAAAACCAAACAGGAGAGUGCGUGGCUCUUCAGACUGUGGUAUACCUUUGAUCACAAUUACCUUAAGCCCAUUCUGACACACAGCGGCCCACCUCUCACCUCCACUCUGCCCGCCUACUGUGGACCACUGGCGAGCUGUCUGACCAGCCCCCAGGCAUACGAGAACCACGAGCAGCUGAGGGACCACGACUCUGACCUCCUCCACAAUGACGGUGACCUGACCUUCAUGUUCGGUGAUACUGCCAUCACAGCCAAUGGGGCGUCCGGCGGUGGGGGGGACGCAGCCGGAGGGUCGGGUUGGAGUGCGAAUGGCAAAAGGAGCGGCAGCACUUCAGAGGAGGCGCUGGAGCGUGAGCUGGACUCCCGCGAACAGGAGCUGCUGAGUCGCGGCACGCGGCUGGUUUUCCCCAUCGAGGAUCACGUCUGACCCUCCCCUUCCUUUUGCCUGCACUGUCAAACCGCCCUGACCUGACCCCCAAGACCACCUCACCCUCAACUCUCUCCACAUCCCGCGGGCAGAGUGUCCAGUCCUUCAGAGAGUGGAGACGUGGUAGUAGACAAGAGGGGAGGGCUCAGAGCUCCCUCCCGGCCCGGGAGCAAAGCUCAAGGAGCAUUUCAUCCUCAUUACAGAGCUGGAGUUUGUUCUUUAAAAGAUGAACUCUCCAUGCUCUUAUACUGUGAUUCAGUUUUACUGAUUGUUUCCUUUGCAUAAACUGGAGGGAAACUUUUUAUGCAGGAUAUGAGGUCAAAAACAAAUCCUCAUGUGAGAUUCAGUCUGCACUUUUGAACAUGUGACACUGUGUAUGUUCAGCUGGAUUGGAAAAGAAGUAGAAAUAUUGCUACUACUGACCUGUUUGUCUUCACAUCACACCAGUGACCACUUAGAAAAUGUGAGAAGUGGCUUUUUUGGAAGCACACCCCAUCUAGAUGCUGAUUUAAGGCAACACUCACCUAAACAUUGAAUAGUUUAUAGAUAAAGAAAAAGAGUUCUCUGAUUAAAUGUGCACCAUCUGAAGCUGUAAUAGACCAGUGUUUGGUAUGAGUGUGAGGAUGUCCUUUGUUUCACACAAAAGCAUCUGUGUGGGGGAGACUGUGACAUGUGAGGAGCACAGAGAGGGACAGUGAAUGAGUUGCCCUCUCAGCCACCGCAGACUGUCAUGGGUGAAGUAAAAGGGGUGAAGAAUGUGAGCAUGUAAAUAGCUACAAGGCUGAGCUUUGUUCCUCUUUAGUGGGGCUGCUUCUAUCAGCGCAUUACAUCCUGUGACCGUUACAAAUAGUACCUGUGUAUCUUGUCUUUGAGCUGGUCUGGAUCCUUUUCACAGUACUGGGCUGGUUUUCACAACAAAAACAUGAUUAAGGGAUGGAAGUGUCUUGAUGCGAAUUAUAUUGUUUCUUAUGAGAUAAUGCUGAUAUCCCAAAACUUUAAAAACUGGCAUAAGAUGUACACUCGAACACGGUUGAUAAACAGUUCAACCCUACAAAAUAAAGGGCAAGCCUUUAUAAUAAUUUGGAAUACUUUUCAAAAACUCUAUAUUGUCUUGCUGAUUUUAAAAAUACUUCAAAUGAUGCAUCCUUUGAUGUUAGACUGCAACUGACAAUUAUUUUCAUAAUUAAUUAACCUGCUGCUGAUUUUCUCUAUUAGCUGUUUAGUCUAUAAAAUGUCAUAAAAUAGUAAAAAUAUCCCCCCAGUCUUAGAGCCCAUGGUAAUUGCUUGCUUUAUCCAAUCAGUAGUCUAAUAUUCAGUAAUAACUAAUAUACGUAAAAGGAAUAACGGCAGUGAAUCAUUACAUUGGAGGAGUUGGAACCAGUGAAAAAAAUACAUUGUUGACUAAUAUGAUUAAUGAAACUUAUGAUUGACUAAUUGUUUCAGCUCUAUGUUUAAGCAAAAUUUAGUAAGUGGUAUGAUAGCAUGUGUGCAUAAUUCAUUGAGUCCAUAUAGCAGCAGUGCAGCACCGCAUAACAAAGACUGCAAAGUAGUUCUUCAGACUCCAUUAGACCAUUAAUAAGAUUUGCCUGACAAUGUUGAACAAAAAAUCUCAAAUCAAGAAGAGCCAUUGAUAACAGUGACCGGAGAUGAAUGAAGGAAUGCUUGCACAUCCUCUACCUGCAUCGACAGUGUUUAUACUCUUAAAGAAAUAAUGUCUCUGGCUCCCACAUGUUAGCCUCAAAUACCUGUUGAAUUUGUUAGCACUGAAACAGAACGAUGAGGUGAGCUGGUCUCAUAAAUCUACAAUCAACGCUCAUUUCUGUAAAUCUGGUGUCUCCCCAGUUUUUCUUAAACCUUAGUUGCUAACGCUGUUAACUGUCAUACUAACGGACAUAAACUCAUCAUUUGUUUUGCUCUGUUCAUGUUGGAAGAAAUCACAUCAGUAGAGUAUGAUAGGAUUGUGGAUAUCACAUCUGUCUGUUAAAUAUAAAGCUACAGCCAACAGCCAGUUAGCUUAGCUUAGCACAAAGACUUGAAACAGUGGGAAACAGCUAGCGUAGUUCAGUCUGAAAGUAACACAUUUCAGCUACAGAACCUUUAAAGCUAAUUAACACAUUAUAUCUAGCUUGUUUAAUCUGUAAAAAAAAAAGCCAAACUGUAAAGAAAACGAGCUGGAAUACUUCAGAUAGCAGAUUUUGUUACCUAGCCAGGCUAGCUGUUUCUCCCUGUCUCCAGCCUUUGUGCUAAGCUAAGCUAAGCUAAGCUAACCGGCUGUAGCUUCAUAUUUAGUGUACAGAUAUGAGAGUGGACUUCUCAUCUAGCUGCCAGAAAGGUACUUGGCUUAUUUCCCUAAAUGUUGUAAAUUACUGCUGUAAACAUUGUGUAGCUACAACACAUAAACAUUUGACCGUCACUGCACACAAAUAAUGGUAAUUUAGACACUUCCCUAAGUUUUGAGCUGAUUACAAGAAACCUGAGCAGCCAUUUUCCUGAAACUCAAGUGUACCGAUAAUAAAUGGGGAACACAUGUUGUUCUCUUUAAAGUUCUUCACAAUAAACUAAAGUGAACCUCGUGCUGUUUCUGUUUUGGUACUAAAUUAAUGCAUGUUGUCUCAGCAUUAGAUAGAUUUCUUUGUGUAUAGCAGGUGGGACAGCAAAUAUAGCUUACAGUAUACAGAACAUUGACAUCCUUUCACCUGAGGCCCAGUUCCUCCCAGCUGCCCUGAGAGGUUUGAAAUGAGAUAGUUUAAUACUUAAUACUGAUACUAUUAAUACGGAUCUCCAACAUGCAAAUCAUUGACACGAGACAGUGACUUUGGGCUCAGGAUUUCACUUGCGGCAUUAAUCUCUGUUAACUGACACUUUCUACAACAGACAACUGAACCAUAUUGUUUCCCUACAGGUUGAUUUGCAUCACUCGAUGUGAACUAUAGAAAUAUAUUAUUUAUAGCGCAUCAAUUACUCUGGUGACUUUCUAACCACAUUUCCUCGCAGUUUGUAGUGAACCUUUGGGAAUUCCUCCUAUGCAGCAUGAUUAUUAGAGGAAAUAUUGGGUCAUUUGCACAUUUUCCCCCUCAAGAUGUGAUAUUUAGCUCUUAUCCAAUAAAUGUAAAUAGCAAUUUAAAUGGCAGACUAUGCUGGGUUUACAGAGCAGCACACAGGCCCUUUACACUGGUGGAACAACAGCUGUCUCUGGGGGAGAAGGAGGAGGUUUUUCUAACACAUUUUGUGUUCCCUUUACCACGUCUAGACAUCUGAACUGCUCCCCGUUUUAAAUUCACCACACAGCACGUGUCGCCUUUUGUUUUCUCCCUCGACUGCACACAGUGGCUGCUGCAUUUAUGCAUGAGUACAUGAGGGCAGGUGUGAAAGGCUGGAUUGUGUAAGUUGAAUUUGAGGCCUUCAUGUGAGGGAGAAGCCCCGCACAAGUUUUAUGGCGCACUGAGGACCUCCAGGAGGAAAUGAAUCUAGUUAUGUAAGCUGUUGCCAAGCUGUAUGCACUGUGGGUCAUUCAAAUUCUAGCUGGAGUGAGAAGUAAUGUGAAGCCGUGCUCUGUCUAACAUCUCCUUUCACAGUCUGAGGGUAGCAAAGCUUGUCUGUAUCUAGGACAUUAAAAUAAUAAAAUUCGCCUUUUGUCUAACCAAACCAUUUCACAAUCUCUUCUGAUAUGAAAAGGUUACACAGCCUCCAGAUACACCUUCAACAGUAUAACUUACAGCAGAUAUGUUAUCUCUGGAUUGUGCAAAACUGUGAUUUUUGAUCAUGUCUGUUGAGAAUUUCAAAUUCCUGCUGUACAAACGCAGAAAAAGAGUGCAGAAAAAAGACUGAAUAAGAACUUGCAUUUAUCGACAUGUCCAGGACAGAGUGACUGGAGAGUUUUUCUUCGAGAUGUGGGAGUACUUCAUGGAUAAUUGGUGGCUGCAGGCAAAUAUACGAGCAGAGUUUGGCACUUUACCUCAAGCAAAGGACACUCACAGGACUCUUAUAUAACCUUCAUGUGCACUCUAUCUCCAGACUGUUGUGCUGUCAGUUGUCUUGCUGGCUAUAUUUACAUGCUCUCUGUACCUGGGAAAUAUGAGAUGUAGCUCAAUUGUCAAUAUGUGCACCUGUUGUUUCUAGUAGCAACUGGCUGCCUGGUUCUACCUGCCAUGCCUGCAUGUCAACAUGUUAAUAAAAAUCGUCAAAUAA